AUGUUGUCCGAUCAGGAGACGUCGGCCUCGUUGAUGCCGCAGACACAUUGUUAUCUGACAUCCAAUUGGUUGCGGCCUUGCCGGUGGCAACAAGAUUCACCAUCAUCUCGUAGCAAUGGUCGCUGUUCCGAGUCCAUCAAUCUUUUCAACGAACAAAGUCGUGAGGAUUUUGGUCUGGACAGCAACCGGUACCAAACUGCAAAACAAGUUGACGAAUCACUCUUCUCUCAUGGUAGGACUGAUGGAAUCAAAGAAUUUAUGGGUUCCGAGAAGAACAGGACAUAUUCUGUUGAGCACUUCGAUGAGUCUACUCGGCCCAUUUUGCCUCCAACCAUGGUCCCAAGUUCACUCUCUGCCAUUUCUAUGCAACCCCACCGCAGUGAAUUAUCUUCCAAUGGCCACAGUCUUCUAUCUCUGUCGCCUGUGGCAAGCCCACAACGCAUCAGUGCAAUCACUUGUGAAGACAGUUUCAUUAUCCAGGGUAAACUGCGGUACUUGACAGGGAAGAAGGGGUGUGGACUCCAGCGGGAACGGAAGGCACCACAUAGGGAUGGCAGAUUGAGUAGGGUAGAACCUCAUUACCUACCUUCUGUUAUGCCAAAGUAUCAAUCUCUCUCGGACAUUCAGGGUUUUGUCAAUCUUGUGGCAAGGGACCAGCAAGGAUGCCGGUUCUUGCAGCACAAGUUUGAUGAGGGUACGAGGCAAGAGAGGGAGAUAAUAUUUUGCGAGAUCAUAGAUCACAUUGCAGAGCUUAUGGUGAAUCCUUUCGGGAACUAUCUCGUGCAGAAGGUGUUGGAUGUAUGUACUGAGGAUCAGAGACUCGAGAUCAUCCUUGUCCUCACAAAGAAUCCCACUGAUCUUGUUAGAAUAUCGCUAAACAUGCACGGGUAUCUGUUGCUAAUGUCAUUCCUGGUUUACUGUUUCACAAUUUAUAACUUCUAAGAGGUGCACUGGGAUCUUAUCGUGGAGUUUUCUAAUUUGUUUCAGAACCAGGGCCGUGCAGAGGCUGAUAGAAACACUCAAGAACAAAAAACAAAUUGCUCUUGUUAUCUCAGCGCUCCAACCAGGUUUCCUUAGUCUCAUCAGGGAUCCAAAUGGCAAUCACGUCAUACAGCGUUGUUUGCAAUACUUCAGCUCCGAAGAUAGCAAGGUACAUAGGUUUUCUUCGCUGUGUUUGGAGGUCAAUUUCGUUUUCGUAACACAGAAGCUACCUUCUGCAACUCAAUAAGGUUGCUUCUGCUCUUACAUUUUCUUUUUAUUUCCUUGAAUAUUAUUUAUUUUAAAUUGGAUGAGGAUAAAUUUAAAUCGUGGGAAAGGAUCCAUGUUCCCAACGCUAUGUAAUUGUUGGCUUGGUCAAAGAUAAUAGCCAUGAACUUCAUUUUGAGACGAAUUUUAGCGAUUAAUUUAUAAAAAAUAUUUUUAGUUGGAUGCACUCUUUAAAAUAUUUCGGAUUAUUUUUUAACUUAACUUAGUGUUUAUAGACAUAGGGUGGAGAGUAGAAAGUGCUUAGGAUGUACAACAAAAACUAGGCAGCAUUCGUGGCCCAAUAAAUAUGGCCAUACUGUCAUAAGAUGAAUUUUGUUAAAAUAAUCUAUAUAUAAAAUUUCAACAAGCUAUAUUCAGAUCUCUACAUUACGUUGUCAUCGUGCGAAAAGUGUAAAAAAAUAAAAUAAUAAUAAUCUGUGAAGUCAGAAAAGGCUAAAAUAUAGUAGAAGAAAUUUAGUGCAGUUCUUAACAAAACAUCUGUGAUUUUCUCAUAUGUUGGUUCUGCUUGAGUCUUGUCGACUGUAAAAUCUUAGGUAUUUAGGUAUUAAGGCAUUAAGGCUUCUUAUUAUCAGUUACAGUUGAUGAUGAUUUAAACAUUAACAUAUGAAAGUCCAAAUUUUUCUUGAUCGUCUUUUCUAUAUAUGUGAUGUUCCAGACAUCUCCGUGCCAUGUAAACAUUAGAUUAUUACUUCAAGGAUUUUCUCUCAUGUAAAAUAUCUUUCAGGUUGCCUUACUUUUAUUGCGUCAACGCAAGAACCAUUUGUUUGCCAUCAAUUUUCUGUCACUUCACCAAAUUCGUUUUGACAUUACAUCCACUACCAGCGUCUUUUAAUCCAAUAUGUCGGCGUUAGUUUUGAAAAUUGAUGGUGCUGGUUUAUAAUGAUCCAGGGUUGUGGAGGAUUUCUACACGAAUUAGAUGUCAAUAUCUCAUCAAGAUUCUGUCAUCAUAGUAAUAGGUGCCAGGAAUAUCGAUCUAAAAUAGUUGAGAUGACUAAGUAUUUUAUCCUGUGCUAGUCGAUGCUUUUCUUUGUUGACUUCUUUUUAUUCUUCCCUUCAUUUCGAGGAUGCUUCUCUAUUUGGGCUUCUCUCCUCGCAAUCCAACUUGCGACACAAAUUUUUUUAGGUAAUCUUAUGAUUUCACACCACUGAUGCCCAUUUAUCUUUUUAAAUUUAGCAUUCGGAAAAUCUGUGCAUGUACACAUCAGUUUAGGUAAUGGUUGACUCAGUGCACCAUCAAAAUGUGGGUAGUGAUAAAGUCAAACACAAGACCAUGCCGAUCUGGGUUGUCAAAUAUGAUGAUUCAAACCUACUCUCCACCAUCUCAUAAAUGCCUAUUUUCAAAGCUAGCGACCUUGCCAGUGUAAUUCAGUCAUAGUCUAGUGUGUCAGGUAAACGACGAUCUGUAGAAUAAUCUGGACGCUCAAUUCAUCAUAUGAUGUACUCCGAGAUGGACAAAAAAUUAAAAUAAAAUAAAAAAUUAAAUGUUUAUUUGGCACUAUUGAGGUUUCUUGUAAGAUAUCCCAUGCACUCCUUUUUUCUUCGAUAAAUUUGUAUGGCUUUGUAGACACGAGCCAGUAACUAUGGAUUUAUUUUCGAAUAAUUAAAUAAAAAAAUAAGAUAUUUAAUUUCUUUAUAGUCAAUGGGUACAAGAGGGAAACACAAAUAUACAGAUGAAUCUUGGACAUUAAAAACGUCGGAUAUGGAAGCAGAACAAUAUACCUGGAGAAAAAUCAUGUGGAAAGGAAUGUGGGUAUGGAUCUAUUCUUUGACAUCUCCAUAGUUGUUGAAGGUUCCAUAUUUUCUUUGGACCGCAGGCUUUUUAUUGUUCUCAUACAAUGUUUAAUUUAUUUUCUAAAAAUAGCCCCAGUUUGAUGAUCUGUUUCGGACUCUGACGUCUCGGUGUACCGUGUUUUGUAUGCAGUUUAUCUUUGAAGCCGCUGCAAGGCACUGCGUUGACAUUGCCACACACAGGCACGGGUGCUGCGUUCUUCAGCGCUGCAUAGCUCACUCCACUGGUCAACACCAGGCGAAGUUGCUCGCGGAGGUCUCGAGGAACGGGCUCAUGCUGGCCCAAGAUGCUUAUGGGUAAUGAAAAUGGCGAUGCCCCCACGUUUUCCUUCUUGUUCGUAGAAAUUUUCCAGACAAAGAAUCCUUCUUCGAUCUGCCAAUUUCAUUUGGAUAAUUCUCCGGCUGGGGCCUUCUCCUGCUUCUUCCUUCUCAGGAACUACGCCGUCCAGUACGUGCUGGACAUGAGGGACCCGGCAGCGGUCAACGGCCUCAAGUCCUCCUUCGAGGGGAGCUACGUUGAGCUCUCGACGCAGAAAUUCAGCAGCAACGUCGUCGAGAAGUGCCUCUCCGUCUUCGACGAGCCCUCCCGCCGUCAGAUCCUCUCCGAGCUCCUCUCCGUCCCCUUCUUCGACCACCUCCUCCAAGACCCCUACGCCAACUACGUCAUCCAAUCCGCACUCCUCACUUCCAAGGUAAAUCCCCCCCCCUUUCUCUCUCUACUCUCUCUCUCGACAGUCUUUAUAUCUCUUGGUUGACUUUGUCGGGGUCUCAGGGCCAGGCGCGGAACUCGCUGGUGGAGGCCAUCCGGGCCCACGAGGGGGUCCUCAGGACGAGCCCCUACUGCAAGAGGAUCUUCAACCUGCUGAAGAAAUGA